GCCAGUUCGCCAAGGAGUUGCCGCUAGACAAGGGCCAAGGGGCUUGCUGGCCAGUUAUCUACCACUGCCUACAUGGUAAAGUACCAUACCUGCCUACACCUGCGAUGAUCAGCCAGCCCUCCUAUAUGCCCUGUCUUUCAGCAUAUUCUAGGAUCCGAGGGUAGAGGGAGUGCAUGGGGUCCGUAUCUGCGAACGAUGUCGUCGUGGCCAGCUGUAGCCCCCAAUGAAUACAGGCCUCCGCGAGACGACGAGCCCGCAUCCACCAAAGUCUCGUCCGAUCUCGCCAAACUCUCUUCCACUGCCACACCCACCCUCGCUUCCCAACACCGUCGUGUCAUCAUCCCCGACCCCAUAGCCUUUAGGUUCCUAGAAGAAGACAGCUGCGUCACCGUCGUCAAGCGAAGACAGGAGCUCAAGGGGUACGAGCUAUACCUAGUCGAGCAAUGGGCCUGCUCCCGCCGGUCCCCAACCCUCGUAAUCGCCACCUACACCGGGGAUGAGAAGCAUUCCAUCGUCGCCGGCGUCCUGGCUGUCCCGGCCGACGACAAGACCUGGUCCCACCGGCUGCGCAUAUACUUCCGGGCUAUCCAGCAGUAUCACGCCCGACCUAAGGAGACCCACCUCGGCGAGUUGAUGGUGACCAACCUGAGCAGCUUCCCUUCCGCCUUAACUGUGGUUCCCGUGCCCGAGGGCGACAUCCAGAAGCACCGAAGGGAGUUUGUCGUCAAUGAGGAUCUCAAGAGGCUAGGGUGCUCCGGCCGAUCGGGUAUGACGCUGUCCGAACCGACCGGCGCGGCCAGAGCUAAGUUCUACCAGCUGUAUAAGACCACCGACAAGAUUUCCUUCUCUGAUGCCGUCGUCGAGUUGGUCAAGAUGUGUCAGAAGGCCUUGUUCCUCUUUGGCAAUCUCGACAAAGUAUACAUCGACGGGCUUCUGUGUGACAUGACCGAGACUGCGAUCGGGGAUUGGUGGACCCAAUUCGGCGCCGAAUACCACAAUAUCGAGCCCACCGACGGCAUCCUGGGCCCUACGACCGUCGCCGCGCUGCUCGGUUUGCUGAUGGGUGCGCGAAACCGGCUCAGCUAUCUCGGCGUGUCCACCCCCAAGGACGUGUUUGACGUAGAGGCGACCGAGAAGGGCAUCUCAUCCUUCCAAAAAUACCAGAAGCUAGAGAGGACCGGACGGCUAGACCGACAAACCAUGCACAGGCUCCGCACCACGACCGCCAAGGCGGCUGCCGGCGAGGGAUGGGGAGUGCAGAAGGCAGUCAAAUCGACGGUCAGCGAGAUCGGUGGCAAGCGAGGCGAGAUCGUUCUAGGCAUGGUUGGUGGGCGUGACAAGGCCGGGAUUGGGGACAUCGAAACCCUGGAUUUCGACAGAUUCGUCAGCCUAGCCUAUGGAGAGCGCGCGAAAUGGCUAUGGUUUGGCAAGACUAGGCGUUCUGUGCCCGACAGUCACGAGAGGGCUAUGUCUGAUAUGGGCAAUAUCCUAUUCGGUAAAGAAGACCCCUCCCAUCAAAGUAAGAGGACCCAAGCUGCGCCCUCGGAAGACGAGGUCGAUGGUCGUCAACGAGACGACACGCCAGGCGUCUACUCCACCCCCGCCCCCGGGUCUGCGGUUAGCAUAGCAGAUAGUCCUGGCGAGAGGGAUGGCGUUCGCCGUGGCGUGUUCAAGAGCGUGGCUCGGGAUGCUCGGUCGGGUCUCGGACGAAUCAAAGAUGCCGUGUAUAGCGGGGGCGGCCUUCGCAACCACACUAGCCGACCAUCGAAGGACGAGUCGUCGGAAACGACGAUCUCCGCACCGCAAUCCUCUGUCCUUUCUGAUUAUUCGGCCGGCGCCCUGCUGAGCGCGACUCCGGAACCGGGCCAGGUCGGCAGGGCAUUCACCUGGAAGAACAAACCAGAGGAGUACCUAAACGCAUUCAGAAAGGAGAGGCAAAUGGAAUCCGCCCCUCCGCCGGUAGCCUUACCCGCUUCGGACAACUCCCUCUCUAGAGACUCACGGCCGAUGUCUCACGCGGUAGGCGAUGCAAGGGGGCUAGUCAAUAACGACGCCAAGAGGGUAUCCUAUCCGGCAGAGAUACGCAAUGAGAAGGCCACGGUAGUCGAGUCUUCGGUGGCGGAUUCCGCCGUCGCCGACAGCGUUCUACAGGGCCCGUUCGUGGACGCAGAGCAGUCAUUCGGCACUCUCCCGUCUGGCCUGCAUAGAAGGCACAGCAUCGGGGCGGCAAAGUUCCCUGAGCGUGGUCCUCCUAAUGAUGCCAGGUGGCCCAGGAGGCUGUCUUUUAGCAACGCUGAAGAAGCCGUGCUGAGAUGGGACAACAUGGCUGACGUCGCCUGGGACAAGGACACAGGCGAUCUGGUAACGGCGAAAUAUUCGUACGUCGCCGAGCUUGCGACAAGCCUCUACGCAAAUAUACUCGAGGUCGCGCAGACUUUCGAGCCUUGGGUUGCCAGACAGACUAAGUCGAUCGAGGAGAUCGACGACGACUACGCACGGCAACAAGAGGAACUCGAAACACUCUACUACCAACGUUCGGACGGGUACGAGAACGUGCUGGUCAAGUCGCGAGAGAAGAUCGGGGAACAGCGGGCACAUAUCACGGAGGCGCUAAAGGAAGUCGAGGUGCAAGCAGCUAGAUUAGAAUACGAGAUCAGCGCGCUCGUCUCGCGCGUCCAGGACGUCGAGGAUGGCGUGGCCCAAUUCGAGAUGCAAGUGGACGAGGUGGAGCGGAGAGCGGACGAGCUGAAGAGGCAACUGGAGACGGAGAGUUGGGUACACUGGGCAGUGCGGACGCUUACGGGCAUCGGAACCGGGCCGAACAUCACGAGACCACGACAACAGUAGCGACGAAACUGGUUUUCGGCCACUGUCGUCUGGACGGAGUGUGCUGUACGUGCGUGUAUAUCUAGAUAGAUGGCCGGGUUUCGGGGAUAGAUUUGCGCCUUGGCAGGCAAGCUUGAUUCGCCAGCCACUACUUUGUGGUAAUACUAUAAUGGGUUAGGUAGCGGUGUCGUGUCGAGACGAGUCGUGUCGCGCUCUUGUAGGAGCGGAAGAGGGUCGUGAAGAUGCAUCGCAUCACUGAGGUGCCUGUCGAUCCGUGCCAAGGCGGCGGAGUAUGUACCUAUCGCACAUAAUGCAGCACGUAAUGUACCUACGAAGCACGGACACGUCUCCGUCCAGCUGCUAGUCCCUACUCAUAGGUACGUACCCUCUCGGCCCGGGGAUAACAGAGCGAGCCGGUUAUCAG